AUGACCGUUUGGACCCGACCUUCGGCUCCUCCAUCUGCCAGCCAUUGCGAGUAUGAGCGCCUUCGUCGGUCAUACAUCAACGCGGAUAUAAGAGAAGCAUAUCCAAGAGAGAUCCAUCUUGUUAACUCCACAUUUGAAGUUCAAAACGCUAUUAGAAGCGCAGUCAACUCCAACAGCAAGAUUGGCGUCCGGUCAGGAGGGCAUACGUUCUCAAAUCCAUCGUUGAUACACGAUGGCAUUCUCGUCGACACCACAAAAUUACACUGCAAAGUGGAAUACGAUCCAGUCACACAUUAUAUCUGCUAUGGCCCUGCUGUGCGCGUGGCAGAAGCUUCGGAAUUGUUACAAAAGCUAGGACGAUUCUUUCCUCAUGGCCAUGCUCCAACGGUAGCCUUGGGAGGUUUUACUCUUGCAGGAGGGCAAGGCAUGUUCAUGCCUACUUGGGGCCCAACAGUCGGCGACUGGAUUGUCAGAAUGGAGAUUGUUACACCUGAUGGCAAAGUCAAGACAGCAAGCAUGACGGAAAAUGCAGACCUCUUUUGGGCGGCUCGCGGCUCUGGCCAGGCCUUCUUUGGUGUUGUGACUAGGAUCUGGGCGCGUACCAUCCCGUCCCGACGCAUGUUCAUGAGAAUGAUCCUCUUUGAAGACAAAGACAAUAUCGAGAAUCUUCUGCAAUGGGCUCUGGAAACCAGCCGCAUCAUACCAAGAUGGGGUACCGAGACAGCCAUGACCACGGGCUAUUCAGAGAUGCAUUCGCCUACGCACAAAACCGACAGCAUUCCAUCGCCCCCAACGCUGCACUUUGGAGUCUGCUCCACUGCAUAUGUGGAUACUUUGGAAGAGGCAAGAUCACUCUUGAGUGCUUGGGAUCGUAUUCCAGCCCCCUUACACGGAUCAAUCAUCGAUGCGGGAUCCGUUGCCGAAAUGUCGUGGGCAGCGUACUUCGAGCUCCAGGAGCUGGUGACACCGUCAGGGCCCCGGAACAAUUGGCAAAUUAACAGCUUCCUUAACGAUCCAGAAGUGCCUCUGGAGCGACUCGUCAAAGCAGUCAAACCGGCGAUGACCGAACUUCCCACACGAACAUCACUCGGUUGCAUAUACUGUUGCCACAGUUAUCCCGAUGACAAUGACCACCUCUGCGCCCUGCCACAGCAGUACUACAUAUCCACCUUCACGCACUGGAAGGAAAAGUCCUUGGAGCCCAAGAUAUACGAGCCGAUGGCGGACAUAUAUGCAAAAUUGUACCCACUGGGUGUCGGGAUGUAUAUUGCGGACUACAAUCCAUUCGAUGAGAGGCAGGCGAACGUCAAAGUGUGGACUGAUAAAGGUCUGCAGCGAUUCAUGGAGAUUCGCGCAAAAUAUGAUCCACAGGAACUCUUUCCUGGUUUCAUUCCAUUUGUGCGCAGGGUUAAGCAGGUCGGAAUAAAAUUGUAA